UCGGGAUUCAGGAUGAUGGUUGUCAUCACGCUCCAUAAGAGCAGCGUCUUCAGAAUCUUCUUUUAGCACACGACUCUUUGGGGUUCUGUACCAGAAUUUCGUGCGACCGAAGGAAGUGACGACAGCAUAGCACCGCCACCCCGAAGGGUUUUUAUUUUGGACAUCAGGUGGUGAAACCUGCUGAGGCAAAAAGCUGCUUCGUCCGGAUUGUGCAGCUUCUUCGCCUUGGCAUUGCCUUCUCUGAAGGCCUCCCAUCGCCAUUUUGGCUUCAGCCGCUGUUCAGCUGCAGAUGUUGCGGCGCGAUGUCUGUCCUGGGACAUCCCGUGGUGGCCCAUGUGGCCGUGGAGUUUCUGGAGAUUGGAGGUGUGGAUGGAGCCUGGCUGGCGCUACAUGCCCUGGGGGAGGUGCAGAGCUCCAGCGAGGAUGUCAGCCUCGUCCCACCGACGUUCUCCUUCCGUGCCAGCUUUGAUGCCACCUGGCGCACGGGAGCCUUCGGCCGGUUCUUGGCGGCCGAACCACUGCAGAUUGAGCUGCUGACGGCCAAGAGCUAUCAGCAGGUGGCCAGAUUUCAGCUUCGCCCCUGGGCCUGGUUGGAGCCUCCCUGCCGGGCACACGACGCCGCGCGCCGUGCAGUGGGGCUGCGUGGUGCACAUGGCCUUCUGGGCGUUGUACGGGUGGAGCAUCGUCUCACCUGCGGUGAGACGUGGAUGCGUCUCCGGCUGGAGGCGGGCGUGGCCGAGGAUCCCAGCUGGUUUGAUGCCGAAGGGGAGCGCCUCUUGCACUUGCCUGAGAAGGGCCAGAUCAUCCAUGUGCCGCACGAACCGAAGGACGACGCUGAGCACACGCUGGUCGAGCAUGUCGAGCAUCGCUGGCCGCUGCUGUUGGAGCCCAGCGAUGUCUGAAUUCACAAGGACCGUUGUCCUCAGAGAAGCUGAGCAGAAAGGACAGAUGCUUUUAGCGCCUGUAGCGCGUUGGAUACUUGUUGUGGC